GGCUGACCCGUCCCUCAAGGAGUUCCUUGAGUACCUAGAACGACGAGCCAUGGCUCUGGAAACUGCAGACCAGGGUAUGGUAAGGAAGAAACUGGCUGUCAACAUCGCAACCGACUCAGGAGCCUCCGGAUGUCUGAAAUGUGAUACUGCCAUCCACGGAGCCAGAGCGCCUCUCAUUGCAGAAUGAGCUGCCCACACCGCGCUUCAUAAACACCGAGUUCGGCUAUGUAGUGGGAGGUAGUGUUGCAGACCAGCAUGCGGCUGAUAAGGUUGUAUCUUUGUUUUGUCAAAGCUGUGAUAACGGUCUUAAUAAUGCUGUAAGUUCAUUUUGGGAAGCUGAAAGUGUACCACAUGUAUAUAAUGAAAAAACUACAGAGCAAGAGCUCUGCGAAAAUAUAUUUCAAAACUCUGUGAAGUUGCAGGACAAUCAAUUUUCAUUAGAUUUGCCUUUGAAAUUGCCUUUAGAUGAGGUAAGCAAUACAUUAGGUGAUUCAUUCCAUAGUGCACUUCAGCGAUUUUUGAGUUUAGAAAAACGAUUACAUAAAGAUGAGAAGUCUUUCUCUGAAUAUCAGAGCUUUAUUAAAGAUUUUAUAAAAUUGAACCAUGCGCAUUAUGUUGACAUUGAGCAAUACGAUUUUGCUAGGGAUCCCCUAUACUUUUUUGCUCAUUUUGCUGUCAUGAAUGAACACAGUAGGUCAACUCGCUUAAGAACUGUUUUUGAUGGAUCAUUGAAGGGUAGCAAGGGAGUGUCUUUGAAUGACUUGCUAUUGAAUGGACCUGUUGUUCAACGAGACCUCUUUGAUAUCAUUUUAUUGUACCGUUUCGGCGCGUACACGAUUACGGCUGACAUUCGCCAUAUGUUUAGAAACAUACGAAUCAAUCCUCAGUACACUUCCUUACAAAAUGUGUUGUGGCGGGACAGUCCAAAUGAGGACAUUAAAUGUAUUCAAUUGGAUACCGUUACGUACGGGCUAAAAAGUUCUAGUUACCUGGCCACACGCUGUUUAAAAGAGUUAUCAACGCGAUUUAAUAAUGAGCUCCCAUUAGCUUCAUUUAUUCUAGAUAAUUGUUGUUACGUUGAUGACAUUUUAUAUUCUAAUGACGACUUAUCUACGUUAGUUACAGCAAAGAAUGAGUUGCGGGAAAUGCUUGCUAGAGGUGGAUUUCAGACACAUAAAUGGACAUCCAACAACCCUGACGUCUUGUCUGACAUACUGCCGGAACAGCGGCACUUAAAUGAGCUGCCUAGCCCAGAGAAUCAGAGUUUUAAAGCACUAGGUUUGAAUGUCGAUUUAAGUGACGAUUCUUUCAUAAUUUCAUCCCCUGGACCAUACGAUUUUAAACGAGUAACUAAGCGUAAUAUUUUAAGUUACGUUUGCAAAUUUUUCGAUCCCAUGGGUUACGCAAGCCCCAUUAUAGUUAGGGCAAAGGUCAUACUACAGAAGAUAUGGUCUGCAAACGUAGGUUGGGACUCUCCUCUCCCUGAAAACAUAAAAAAUGAAUGGUUACAAUUUAUAGAAAGCUUGAAUAAGUUAGAGCCAAUUUAUUUAAGUAGGAAUAUUCCUGUGAAACAAGCAGUCAAGGUGGAGCUCAUUGGGUUUGCCGAUGCCUCCAGCAAGGUGGCUUAUGGUUGCUGUACAUACCUGCGGGUCACAUCGUCGACAGGUGAGGUCCUGCUAAGUUUACUUUGCUCUAAAUCCAGGAUUAAUCCCCUUAGUAAAAGCCUAACUGUUCCCAGGCUUGAGUUGAAUGCAUGUCUGUUACUUGCAAAGUUAGUUAAAAAAGUGUAUGAAACUAUUCAGUUAAAAAUUCCCAUCCAUAACGUAUACUUGUUCUCUGAUAGCAAGAUAGUACUUGCUUGGAUGAAGACAGAGGUGGCAAAGCUGGGAGCAUAUGUGGCAAAUAGAAUAAAAGUUGUUUGCGACUUAACAUCCAACUUUCACUGGCUUUAUGUUAAUACUAUUGAUAACCCUGCCGAUCUAGUAAGCAGAGGUAUUAACCCCAGUGAUCUUCCACACUCCAAGUUAUGGUGGCACGGCCCAGACUUUCUGCGAAACAGUGAGUAUUCAUUCAAUGAACAUAUGGACUUACCUGUUAAUUUACCUGAGCUGAAGUCUGCUACACCCGGGUCACCUGCAAACCUACCUGAAGCCCGUCCUCCAGCGCCGUGAUCUCCAUGGUCGCGCAAUCGCAAGCAGAGGUAAUCUAUUAUAUUUACAAGUAUUCGUCCAUACAAAAAUAACACGAGUUUACUUAUGUACUGAGAUUCUGUCGCAAUAUUAAAUCUAAAAACGAUAAAAAACGUAAUAACUAUUUGUCUAGUGCUGAGUUUAAAUAAUGCAUUGAGACUGGUUUUGAAACAUGAUUACUUUGCUUCACUUAAAGAGGAAUUCCACUCUAUAGGAAAUGGUUAUUGUUUUGAAAGGUAGGUAUCUUAAAGCCUUUGUUUCCAUUUGUAGAUGAACAGGGCCUUUUAAGAGUAGGGGGCAGGCUUAACCAUGCUAAUGUUACCUAUGUUAAGGAAUACCCCUUGAUAUUAUUUAAAAAUUCACGUUACACAACUCAUUAUUCGGAAUGAGCAUUACAUGCAUUGGUAGGUAAAUUUUAGAAUAAGAUUACAAAGUUAUUUUGUUUUAUAAGAUUGAUGCUUAUGUUUUUUACUCACCUUAAGAUACAUUGUUAUGUUUUACUUACAUACCUAUUAUAGGAUAUUUUUAUAUAGAAUAAGUUACAUAAAAUUAUUAUUUUAAUGUUUUCAUUUUGCAAACAGUUUUCUUACAAAUAUUGUUAUGAGAUGUAAUGUUUUCUCUUUUAAUAAUAACAAUUUCUUAAAACUGUUGUACAUCUAUACUCUGGUCGAUAGUUUUUCUUUAACUUAUAUAAAGGCAUUGUAUCAGAUGUAAAAGGUUACUAUUUGUACUUAUGUGUCUAAAGUUUUCACUAGAUUGUUUUUCACUUAACUUAAAAGAAAUGUUAUUCAUGUGCUUCAUAGAAUACAUUAAAAUGAAUGUUUUACAUUGAAUUGAUUAGCUUCACUUCAGUAGUAUGUCUUUAAUAGUUUGAUAUUCUACUCUAUAAGUUGUGCUUUAAAAGGUUAAUUACUUCAAUUUAAAAAUAAGUCAUAUUCUGUGAGGCCGCAGCAUGUUGGCAACAUCAAGGUCUAUAUUAUUUUUACUGCAAUAUUUUGUCCUAUGGCAAUAUUACAGGACUUUACGCCACGGACUUUGCCGACGAGGCACGUUUUCUUGUAUCUUUUAACUUUAUGUAAAUAUUUCCUAGUUCUUAAUUCUAAUACAGUCCACUUUAACAUC